GUGGUAAAUGCCUAAAUGGAUAUUUUUAGAAUUCGAUUAGUUUUUUUUCGAAAAAAAUCGUGUUACUACAUACAAUCGUGCUACAUAAUAUAUUCCAUCUGCUACACGACUACCAUAACUACAUAAGGUAAAAGUGGUUAGUGUAAGAAAUACUACCCAUGAGUCGAUAAAUCUAGUGAUUCAAUUUAAAACUUAAAUUACAAUACGAAUACAUUUUUCAAAAAGUUUACUUUCUUCAACUAAAUUUAUCAUAAUAUACUGUAUUAUAUUUAAUUACAAAUCAUUAAUAUGUACAAUAAUAAUAUUAUGUUAAAUCAUAUUCCUAUCUUAAAAAAUGACUUAUUUUUUAUUGAAAGUUUUCAACAAAAAGAAAUUAUUAAUGAGGUAUAUAUGACAUUUGCAAAGAAAUCUUCUGCAGAGAGUAAAUUUGUGUACACAUAUGAUAUACUUAAAAAACAUAAUAAAUUACCUACUAAAUGUUUAAUGAUUAAUGAAAAGAAUAACAAGAAAGCAAGCAAAAUUAGAGCACAGGGAAAUGUACAAUUUCAAAACAAAAACUAUGCAUCUGCUUUAAGUGAGUACAAUAAAAGUGUUAUGAUUGCAAAAAACGACAGUCAGGACUAUGCACUAGCAUUAGCAAAUCGUUCAGCUGCGCUCUAUUAUUUAGAAGAAUAUAAUGCUUGUAUUUGUGAUAUUCACCAUGCGUUAUCGGCUAAAUAUCCUAAUGAACUGACCUAUAAAUUAUAUGAAAGAGAAUUGAAAUGUCUAGAAAAAAUGGGGAAAAUAUCGGAAGCUAAUUUAAAAUUUAAAGUAAGUACCUAUAUUUUAUUUAGUUUCAUAAAACUUAGAUAAACGGAUCCGCCCAUCUUGCUGCGACUAUCUAGUCACUGACAUCUGUCACUUGGUGACCAACUAUCUGCAUACUUAUUUAAAGUAAUUUAAAGAAAUAUUCAAAUAAUAAAGCUUAAAUGAUUCUAUGCCUAAAAAUUCAAAAGAGCAAAUUAAAUUCACUUCUAAUCCUAGAAUAUCGCUGUUUCAUGAUAAAUAGAUCACUCUGUAUACCUAAUAUAUAAUAUUUAUGGUGAAAUAUCUGGCAGCAAGUGGCAUGGUAACAAAUUGUUUACUACGAGUCAGUACUUUGGUCGUGACUAGUCAAUUUACAGUGAAAUGGUUUGACGACAAGUUAGUCGUAGCGAGUUGGUCGGUCAUGAAACAGUACAGUGGCAGUAAAAUGUCCUAGACCCACAAAACACUGUUUGAUGACUAUAAUUUUUAGUUAAAUAUACUUAUAGAAAAAAACUAUCUUCUAAAGUAUAAUUUUUUAGGACACUAAUAUGCUGAUUUAAUAAUUUCUUUCAAAACAUCCGAGACAGAAAGCUGUACUUGUCUGAUCGUGAUUUAACUCAAAAUAGACAAUCUGAAUACCUACCGAACAUACUCUAUUAGUUUAAAAUUCUGAACAUUUUUUUUAUGACUAAUGGUUAUUUUAAAUUAGUUACCCCUCCCUCAUACAUUUAUCUAUAUUACAACACAAGGCAACAGAUUUUCGCUUCAAAAAAAAUUGUGUUAAAACAUUGAAUAUUAUUAAUUAUAUUAUUAUUAAAUUAUAAGCAAAUGUGAAUUUAUAAUUCAGCUCUCAUCAUUGUGUUUACCAAUAAAUUAAUGUUCUUAUUAUAUCAUAAAUUACAUUAUAAUAUUCAUAUUUUACAUUCAAACUUAACUUAUAUUACUGGACAAAAAAAUUCUUAUUAUAACAUCCUUUCUGGAAUAAAAAAAAUUUAAAAAGUUUCCAAAUUAUACCAGAUAAUCAUUGUUUUAAAGGAUUUUUUGUCUCAUUUGGCUCAGUCAUCUUUAUCUAAAGGGAAUAGAAAAAGCUUGGAAGUGAAAAUUAAGAAGCUUUUGAAUCAAUCCAACAAGAAAAAAAAUAAUGAUUAUUUAGAUAAAACAAAUGUAAUUAAAUUAUUUGGAAGUUCAAAUAAAAAUAUUCCGUCUUUAUCAAAAUUUGUCAAAAUAAAAUAUUCAGAAUCAAUGGGUCGAUGUUUAGUUGUUACAUCUGAUAUUGAUUCAGGUAAGAGAUUUAAAAUAUAAUUUAGUAUCAUCAUCAUUGGUAGCUAAUAAUAAUUAUACUAUUUCCUUAUUUGUGCUUAUUCCUAUCAAUAACUUAAUAGUUUUCAGUGCAUAUUUAUUAUUAUAUUCUUCAAUUUUUACAAACUUCAAGAUCAUCCCACCCAACACACCUGUUUAUUUCUCUAUUGCCAUUGCUAACUAAUCUAAACUUUAUAUUUUUUUCAUAACAUUUUCUUUUACUCUAUCCUUCCAUCUUAAUCACAGUCUGUCUAAAGGCCUUAGUCCUUAUAUCUUCUCUUCCUAUAUCAGCAGAGACCCUACUUUGUGUUAUUCAUAACCAGCCCUAGUAAGUGGUUUCUUAUUAAUUCUCUAAUAUUUGGUCCCCUGUAUAGCUCUUCUAGAUUUCGUUUUUUUUUUUUUUUUUUUAUUCCUUAUUCCUUAUUUCUACACAAACCAUAAUAUUGUGUCCUCCUGAGAAUGUUCUUUUUGAAUACUUGUAGAAAGUUUCCAUCUUAUUUCCAGAGCAUCCAGGUGAAUUAGAAAUUCAUACAUUACCACUGAUCUUAUUAGUCUUAAAUUAUAAAUUAUAAUUUUCAGAUAGUUUACAGAAUUUCAGAAUGCAGUCAGUUGUCCAGUUAAAAAUAAAAUAUAUUACCAUUUUUGCCCUCUAGUUUUUAUCUCCCUAUAUAUCUAAUUUCUCUUAAGUCAUUAUUGCACCUAAAUAUUUAAAUUUUUACACUCUUUUUAAAUGUAUAUUUUCCAACCUCUUAAAAGUUCUGGAGAUUUUCUUUUCUGAACAAUCAUAUUGUUUUAUCUUCAUUUAAAUAGUCCUAUCUGUAUUUUCCAUUUCUAUUAACCUCCCUACUAGUAUUUUUAGAUAUUCCUCAUAUUUAUUUAAGAGGAUGACACAUAAUUCUUAUUUCUCCCAUUUCGAUUUCUUCUUGUUCUACUCUGGCUUCUCUAAUUAUUUUUCAAAUAUUAUGUUUAACAUAAUAGAAGAUAUGGCAUCACUUUAUCUUAUGUCUAUCGUAGCUUGUAUUUCCUACGAUAAUGUGUAUCCUAUUUAUACUUUAAUGUUUGGAUGCUCAUUGUUUACCCAAAAAAGGUUAAUUCGAUUUUUGAGACAUUCCAAAUUCUUUUAGCAUUUAAAAAAAAAAUCAUAAUAACUUCAAAUUUCAGGGGAUGUACUUAUUAUAGAAAAACCUUAUGCUGCUGUACUAAAAAGUGAUUCGUUUGAAUAUAACUGUCGUUACUGUUUUAAACAUUGUUUUAGCGGAAUACCUUGUCUAAAAUGUACUUGGGUAAGUAUUUAUUACAUUUUUAUUUAGUGUGAUAAUGGCAGAUUUGUUAUAAAACAAAAUCUUCCUGUAUAGAACUUGUCAUGAACAGUUUUUAUUUUGUUUUUCUUUAUUUAGUAUUUUAUAAAUUUUGCAUAGUUUAUACAACAUAAUUUAGGUAUAUAUGAAUUAUUUAAACAAUUACUUAUAUGUAUUAUCAUUAGGGUCACUGACCUCUUUCUUGUUUCUCUUGUCUAAAUUUUCUCAAUCUGUUUUGUAUUGGAGCCACACUUAUACUUCCUCUUAUAAUAUUAGUCCCUUGAUGUUAUAGUUUUGAAUAUAUUAAUAUAAAUAAUAUUAUCAUCAUUUAUUAUAGUUUUUCAAAAGUAAUAUUUUAAUUAUUAGACAUUUUUCUAUAGGCAAUUUACUGUAAUGAAGAUUGUCGAGUAAAAUCAUAUGAGAGUGGUCAUAAAUAUGAAUGUAAAAUAUUAGCAACAUUUUAUAGCUGGCCUUGUAUGGACCACAUGGAACAUCUUUCUCUUUACAUUUUCUUAACAGCCAUUUGUGAGUUUGGACUAGAUAAGUAUAUUGCCACUGUUCGUGCUCUGAAUACUGAUACUACUGAUCCGAUUAUGAGAGGUUUUAAUAGUUCAAGGAAAUAUUUAUCUAAUCAAUUUUGUUCAGCAUACACUUUAGAAGGAAAUGAAACUAAAAGAACAGUGAGCGAUCUAUUCAUAAGAAAUUGUUAUGCUGCAGUAUUGGUUUCACUUAUAAAAUUAACAGGAUUAGAAAUACCAGAUCAUCAACUAGGUGUAGUUGGUGAAUCAUUAGUUCACAUUAUAUGUGCUGUUUCUUCUAAUGCUCAUGAAAUGACACAAUCUUCAGAACAUAAAAUUUGGUGCCUUUCUGAAAAACACAAAUGUUUGCCGAUUGCUUCAGCAUUAUUGCCAGUAUUAAGCCUGUUGAACCAUCAUUGUGAUCCCAAUGUAGUAAGACAUAACUAUAAUGGAACAAUAGUGCUUAGAGCUAUUCAGCCUAUUACUAAAGGCUCACAGGUACCUAUAACCAAACUAGUGUUUAUAAUAUGAUAAAAUUAUUUUAAUUAAUUCAAAUUGUAUAAAAAGUAACUAAUUUCAACCAGUUACUAUUAUUACAUUAGAUGUCAUAUUUUAAACAAUUGUCAUUUGUUUCAAAUUAAGAUUAAGUAAAAAUAUAUUAAUAAAAUAUUAGUAUGCAAUAGUUUUAACGCGUGUACUUUUUGUUCAUAUUUUUUUCCAGCUUUUUGACAACUAUGGAAAAGCAUAUGCAACACAUUCAAAAAGUGUAAGACAUGAAAUGCUUAGCAGCCAAUAUCAUUUCCAUUGCGAGUGUAAACCGUGUGAAGAAGAUUGGCCAAUGUAUAAUGUAUUGUCUAAGCAACCACAAUCAGAGUAAGCCAAUUAUUAUAUUACAAGUUAUAACUAUACUUAAAAAAAUAAUUUUUUUCAGAUGUAUCGUGAUCACCAACAUCAAUUUAGACUUAUUUAAAACACAAUCAGUACAGUUAUAUAAAAUAAUUUCAGAAAUUAAAACAAAAAAAAGUGAUGGUCUUUGUUACAUUAAAUUCUUAUUUUCUCAUUUGGCAUUUCUUCACAAUAAUAUUAAAAAACCUUAUGUAGAGUAUUGUGAUUGUCAAGAAACAAUAAAAGAGAUUUUCUUUAUAACUACAGAUAAAUUCAUUAUUGAAGAUAGCAACUGUAAUUCCAUAGAAUUGUUAUAGUUAUUUAAUGUUU